AACAUUGAUUUUCAAGUGAUUUACAAUAAUGACACAAGAAUCAGCAUGCUGUGGUGCUGUUUCUACCACUUUUUACUGACUGAUUUGAAACUUUCUACCACACUUCUUUUCACAGAUUUAAUUUCAUCAGAAGCAAAGGUCCACCACAUCUCCCAAGAUGGAUAAGUUUCGUAUGAUGUUCCAGUUCCUUCAGUCCAACCAGGAAUCUUUUAUGAAUGGGAUCUGUGGUAUCAUGGCACUAGCUAGUGCACAGAUGUACUCUGCUUUUGAAUUCAGCUGCCCCUGCAUGCCAGAGUACAACUACACCUAUGGGAUCGGACUGCUUUUCAUCCCACCUAUAUGGUUCUUUAUGUUAGGUUUUGUUCUGAACAAUAAUGUGUCAGUGCUCGCCGAGGAGUGGAAAAGACCCACAGGCAGACGCAGGAAGGAUCCUACAAUCCUCCGCUACAUGUUUUGUUCAAUCACACAGAGAUCCUUGAUAGCACCUGCAGUUUGGGUGUCUGUCACUCUCAUGGAUGGGAAAAGUUUCCUGUGUGCUUUCAGCAUCAACUUGGAUAUUGACAGGUUUGGGAAUUACAGUCUUGUCAAGGGGAUGUCAGAGACGGAGAAGAUAAAACUGCUGGCAAGGAUUCCAUGCAAAGAUCUGUUUGAGCAUCAGGAAAUAAGAGUGGCGGCAUCACGAUACAUCAAGUGUAUAUCACAGGCAUGUGGAUGGAUGUUUUUGCUGAUGAUGACCUUCACGGCCUUCCUGAUCCGGGCUAUUCGACCAUGCUUUACCCAGGCCGCUUUCCUCAAGACCAAGUACUGGUCUCAUUACAUUGACAUCGAGCGCAAGAUGUUCGACGAGACCUGUAAGGAGCACGCCAAGAGCUUUGCCAAGGUUUGCAUCCAUCAGUACUUUGAGAACAUCAGUGGGGAGAUGCGCAGCUUCCACCGCCAUCGCUCCUGCAACGACGACAGUGACGAUGAUGACGAAGACAACAAGAAAAGUGAUGAAGACAAGCUUCUGGGUAUCAGAGCCCAGGAUGAUAUGAAUAAAGUUUUGUGGAACUGGCACACCUGUAAGCCAGCACUGGCUCUGAGAAAGGACCAAAUAGAUGGCGAAAACAAUGGCAGACUGAAUGGAGAAGCCAAUGGAGCACUUAAUGGGUUUGUAAAGGGACACACCCAUGAUGUGGGAAAAAAGGAAUGGGCAGUGUAUUACAGUAAGGUCUGAUCCAGCUGGAUCUUAUUUAGCUUUCAGUCAGUCACAUUGUUUCAGAGUUUCAGGAAUAACAACUUUAUUUUUAGAAUUUGUAAAAUUUUGUUAGAAAUAUACAUAUACACGUUUGUAUGUAUUUGUAACAUUUUAUGAAUGGAUAUAAAGAGGAAUGUAUAGUUUGACUGAUGGAGCAUGAUAAGCACAAAGUGUAAAAACUGUCAUCAUAUUUCUGGUUCACACACAGUUAAUUUCUCUCAAAAGAUGUCUAGUACUGGGUGUAGUCCAAAACUUGUUUGUACUGUUGUCACCACUGUUUUAUCUAUAGGGCAUGAUAUACUAAUGAAAACACAAUCUGGCACUUCUCUCUGAGGAACUGAGCUUGGCAAAAAACCUUGUCUUUAAAUUGUAGGCUGCAGAAGUAAAGCUGCUGCAUCGGGCCGAUAGUAAAGCAUUAUUACAGCACACUGGAGAAUUCUCAUUGAUAACAACACUAAUGAAUGUUUGUGUUGCUCACAAGUGUGGGGCCACCAUAAAUAUUCCCAGGGCACAAAACUGAAAGUGUCGACGUGGGUCUUAUGAGCUGCAUGCACUUCAACUCCCUGUUGCUCCUUGCUUUAAGGCAAAACUACGCAACGUCUCAAAGAAGAAAUAAGAAAAUCUUUCUCUUGCAAAUGAAAAGCUGAAUGCAUAAGAAAUAAAAAAAACAUUCAUUCUCAAUUCAAUACACUCAGAUAUGAAUGUAAUUCAGACAAAUACUUGAUCUGUAUUGGCCCAUGUAACAAGGGUUUCACAGAAUCCUUAAAAAAUAUCAACCUAGCCAUUCAAGAAUGGAAAUGUCUCCAUUAACACAGUAUAAUCUUGGUUUAUUAUGUUUUGCAAACAUUAUCUCUGGUUUGAACCGUGUGAGAGCAGAUAACCCUACAGUGCUACUGUAUUUCCAGUCAGGCAAUCCUAUGAUUUAUGCAAAAAAACAAAAGGUUGUGUCAGCCAAAACAAUUUACAUGCCAUUAAGAAAACAAGGUCAGCAUUCGUAUCUCUCUCUCUCUCGCUCUCUCCCGCUCACUUUUGCACUCAGUUUUGUCAGUCACCUCUUGUUAAAACCUUUUUUCAUCGAAGUGUUGACUGUUCUAUCUUGUAAAAAGCCUUGUGAAUGUAUUUUUGCAGGGAUUUCAUUACAGCUGAACAUUUUAAUUUUUACUGCACAUCUUCAGGAAACUGUUGAUACAAUGGUGUUUUCACCACAUUUCACAAGAGGGCGUGCUUUUGCCAAAACCACCAGCCUUCACAUGCCAACAACACAACCCUGUAGCUACAACACACACAAUCUUUGAAACCUGUAAACACCCCACAAUGCGCGCAGUGUAUUAAGCACUGUAUUUAUGCCCAUGCAUCUGUGCAGUCCAUCCAGCUGUUCCUCGGUACUCAACAGUAACAUCAUUACUAGAGCAGGAGGGUAGGAGGAGGAGGAGGAGGGUAGGGUGAAUGAAAAUGGCAUGGAUCCCAUUGAAGCCCCCCCCCGGGGAUUAGUGGAGCAGCACUCCCCUUGACCGUCUCACAGCUCGUCCAGUAGCCCAGCAGCUGUUCUCUCUCUCAGCGAAUUGGCAGCCAGGGUCGCUGGUGUGGGGGUGGACGUGUAUGAAACGUCUUUGUCCAGGCUGUAAUUUUUCUAUGUGUCUCCCUCUUUUCCUCUUGGUAUUACUUUCCUUCAUAUCUCCCCAUAUGCAGAGAUGCCUCCUCCUCUCAUCCCUGCUCUUUCUAUUUGUUCCUUCGCUCUAAAGGAGUGACAUGAUGUUUAUAUAUAGAUCAAACAAAGCGAACAUGAAAAAUAAAGUGCUGUAGCUCAAAAUACAAUCUGCGUAUGUGUGAAGGAAGGAAGUGGAAGGAGACAAGGUUGCAUCUUCUCUUCUUUUGCUGACUUCCACUUCACACAAAUGGCUUUGUUUUGGUUGUCAGGACAUCAGCCAUGCGCAUGUUACUGACCGGGGCCUCCCUUGACUUUGCUGCAAGUGUCUCUCUU